AUGGCCUUCAUUAUCGCUGACGAUGGCACGAUAAUUGUUAUGGAGGCUACAAUCAUGUCUAUACCGGUGAUCAUGAUGUAGAUGGUGCAACAUUAUCAUUUCGGCACGUAAAAAUACUAAGGUUCUUGUUGUGAUCUUUCUUUUCUAGUAAGGCGAGUUGUCGGCGUCCUUGAUUAUCUACUUCUAGGCCUCGGUGGCCUAAGCGUAUAAGCACGACUCAAGACGCCCAUCAUGUGGUUAAAAAUACUUCUGCACAAAAGCACAGCAAGAGCUGAUGCUGGAGAACUCAAAACUAUGUUCUUGGAAGGGCUACUUAGAUCGCUAGAGGUAAAAACUAUCUGGUUGUUUUAAUUAGUGCUUUGAGCGCCGCUGGACCUAAGCCGCAAACUUAUAGAAAGGGAGAAGCCAGUCUAGAUUUGCAGCACGCAGCAAAAUCCUGCUACAUCGCGAUCCUGGCCUCCGCGGUCCAUCGCUUCUACAUCUAAUGUCCUAGAUUUGCGGUUGAAGAAUAAUGGCGGGAAUUCGAUUGUGCUGCAAAAGAUAUGGGAAGUUCCUGAAUUUGGGGACGUCCUACCAGGCCACUUAUUGGGAGGUGCCACCAACACGACGUCCAGCUCUAUUAAGGCGUUAUAGAUACUGUAGCAGAAAUAUUACGUACUAUAAUUUUAUUAAAGAAAAAAUAGACCCAGGUGCGAGCAGUGACACGGUCACGUCCGCUAGACUCGGACCACCGCGCAUCGCCACUUGAUUGAUUGAUAGGUGCCGGGGGGCUUCGAUGUCCAGGAUUCACAACCUAACCUAACCUGACCCAGGUGAUACCUCAGGUAGGUCUUAAUAGACCUAUUUCUAUUUUUAGUCGAUUACUAGUGGAUCCAGGCGAAAUUACAGGUCUAGGUGAUAGAGAUGAGAAGACAGUGCACACUGUGAAACCAGACAGUGGUGAACGUGGAGUAGAAGUUCUUGUUUUUUGGAUGGUUAGAAUACUACACGAAGGUCUUUUUUUUCAUGAUCCGUGAGAACGAAAGUGUGGUUCUGGGAGACGUGGUUUUGCGCAGGCUACGUGGCCAUCGAUUGCAGUCUCGCUUUUUCGUGGCUUUCUAUGCUGCUUCUGGAGGAUUGAGCCUCGCUGACGUCGUGGUAACAGCUGUUGGAGGCAUCGUCAUGGGGACUAUACUUAUGAAUGAAAUAGUCAAUGCCUGAAUCAGUUCAGUGCCUCUUGAAGCGAUUCCAAUUACAAGCCCAUGUCCGAUGAUGCCCCUGCUAGUACAUAGAAAAAUUCUACUCAAUGGCAUAACCGGUUAGUUUUCCCUUUAAUCUUAGGUCUAUCCCUACAUGCAAUAGAUAAAUCUACUACGACAUCAGUCAAUCAUUUACAUCUGGGUUACAACUCAGCAAUACAUAGAUAAAUCUACUACUUGUAUUAACUUGACCCUCCUUCUUCAUACUUGCGUACCUCGUAGUGGUCGUAAUUGCCGGAUAUUUGGCGCACAAAGAGCGCAAGAAGAUCCAAGCAGCAAAGCAAAAAGACGCAGCAGUCAUCGAAGCAGCCACGACGCUAAACGCUGUGAACGCAGCGACGCAUGGGCAGACCAAUAUCUCAGACUCCCUAAUGCAACGUGGGCAGAGGAAGAAAAUAAAGCCUUCUACAAGUGGAGGCAGCAUGGAGAAUACAGGUAUCAAUACAGCCCAGGCAGUACUUUUUAACUGCAUGAUCUAAUUCUAAUAUUCAUGCUGAUCUUUCUUGUUGACGAGCAUAUUAGAUUCUUCUAGUUCUUGUUUUUGAACGACAAGCUGAUCUUCAUUCUCAAGAUCUGAAACUAAAAGCAAAGUUCUUUUUAGCACUAAACUAAAACGAGGUGUACUCGUACUACUUCUCUUAGAAAUUUCAGCAAUAGAUAGGAAGUCAAUGUGCAUCUCGAUUCUCAAAUCAGGAGACCUACAGGCGAUUGGAGACGCGAGUCCUCGCGGUGGAAGUGGAUAAUUCAAAACAUUUUUAUGAACUAGAACUUGAGAUGAUCACUUCCUUCUACUUGUUGCAGAGAAGAGAUGAUGAGCGCAAAGGUGGCAUUGGUCGUACUUCUAGCAGUAACCUUUUCCAAGAAGCAGAAGGUGGGAGUACUAUCAAUAUCAUGCUCAGCAGCAUUGUGUAGUUGUUGUGUGGUGUGAAAGUCACCCAUGAGGGUAGUACGUGAGCACGACGGCCAUGGAGGUGGCAGUGUUCACGACGACAGCGAAGAUGCUCCUGUUGUUACCUCUCAUGUUGCGUCAGAU